AUGGUAAACAAAGAAGGGGCGCUCGAGUUUUGGAGCUCAAAGCUACAAGUCGCUGAACCAUGCAUCCUAACACUGUCAAACCAAUCUACGGCCGUACCAACCUCGUCAGCAAUCGAGUCUAUGACAAUCGAUUUGGGCGGGAUAGGGCUUCCAUGGAGUGAAUGUGUAAAUACACGCGAUAUUUCAUCGUCGGCCAUUUUCAUGACAGCAUGGGGUAUGAUCCUUCGCGCCUAUACGGACUCAGAUGAGUUUGAAGGAAAAGCGACCGUACUGGAGACUGUUCGAAAAACGCGGUUGAGCUUGGACGAUGCGCAGUCAAAUCAAGACGUCUCUCUGGUCGAGAUUUGCAACCAUAUGGGCGUGAAAAAUAAUGCAUCAUUCAACACAUGUAUGCUUUUUUCGUCGGAUGAACAAACUUCGCCCAACGCUGAACCCGAUGUCCUUGCCCAAGAAGUGACCUUGAUGGAAGGCUGUCCGCAGAAGCACUGCUUGUCAAAUGAUCAAGCUGUUCAUAUUGCAGGCGCACUGAGAGUUGCGCUCACAUCUAUUAUCAAUUCGCCGCACCUGGCUAUUCAAAAAGUAGAAAUUUUCAGCCCAGUGGAUGAAAAUAAACUAUUGCAAUGGAAUAAAACGGCACCAAUUGCAUCGGAAUCUUGCCUCCAUGAUCUCAUCAACCAGCAAUGUGAUUUACAUCCUGAUUCGCUUGCUGUUGUUGCUUGGGACGGUUCCUUCACAUAUAAGGAGCUUGAUCGUCUCUCAAACACUCUUGCACAAAAGCUUUGCCUCGCUGAGAUAGGACCAGACGUUUUCGUUGCCAUUUGCGCCGAUCGAUGCAAGUGGAUUCCAGUUGCUAUGCUAGGAAUCAUCAAAGCAGGCGGUGCUUUUUGUGCUCUUGAUCCGGCACAUCCCCCUAGCCGUUUGAGGGAAAUGUGCAAAGCCUUAGGGUCGAGCAUGGUGAUAACGACUGUGGAAGAUGCCAAGAAGGCCGAUCAACUGGCAUUGACUACUAUCGUCCUCGGGGAUGAUUCGAUGACAGAGUCUAAUGGCACAAAGUUCAGCCCAGGACGAGCACCACCAUCUAAAACACAGCCGAGCAAUGCGCUUUACUCUGUGUUUACGUCAGGCUCUUCCGGAAACCCAAAAGGAGUCGUGAUCGAACAUCGCUCAUUCGCUUCAACCGCACUAGCGUCGCUGAAGCCUCUCGAUAUCCGGCCAGAAGACCGUAUACUUCAUUUCGCCUCCUAUGCAUUUGAUCUGAGCGUUUUUGAAGUCCUCACCGCCCUCACUGCUGGAGCAUCGGUAGCUAUUCCGUCAGAAAAGGCGCGCAUGGAGUGUUUACCUCGAGCCGCAACAGAGCUCCAGGCGACGUGGACAUUUCUUACACCCACGGUAGCGCGUAUGUAUCAACCCAGCGAUUUCCCUACCUUGAGAACAAUAUCGCUUGGGGGCGAGCUCGUUCAGACAUCGGAUAUCGAAUUGUGGGGAUCAAAAAAUCUCAUUACCGGCUAUAACCCUGCUGAAUGCUGUCCUCUCGGCAUUUCCGGCCCAGCUAACCUCUCUGAGGCCAACUUCAUAGGAUGGCCAUUUGCUUCGCAUGCGGCCUGGGUCGUGGAUACUCGAGAUUUUCAAAAGCUGGUGCCCGUAGGUGCCAUCGGCGAGCUUAUAAUUGAGGGACCAGCUGUGGCAAGGUGCUAUCUACACGACAAGAAUAAUGCGCUGCCCGAUUCGCCCUUUAUCACUUCCCCUCCUCAGUGGUUGACUCGUUUCCGCGGCAAGACAUCGCCAGAUGCCCGCCUAUAUCGAACGGGUGAUUUAGUACGUUAUGGUUGCAAUGGCGCAGUGCACUACAUUGGACGGAAAGACUUCCAGAUAAAGAUUAGGGGGCAGAGGGUAGAGCUAGGAGAAAUCGAAUCUCAACUACGCAACGCUUUCUCUGCUGGAAAUCAUCGAGUGGCCGUUGAAGCAGUGAAUCUUUCCGGCUGCACCACUCUCGUCGCAUUCAUAUCCGUGGAUUCAUCAGAUUCUGAAACAAAGCGGGAUGCUGCGCCAGCUGUGCGCUUGCAAGAUAUUAAACAAGAACUAGAAACGUACGUUGAAGGUGUAGUAACCAAACUACGUGGUAUUCUGCCUUCUUCUAUGAUUCCAUCUGCUUUCUUGCCUGUUACUCAUAUACCGGUUUCGAAAAGUGGAAAGGUCGAUCACAAGCAAUUGAGAUCCUUGGCCUCUUCAUUAUCUCCAGAGGUCCUAUUUCGCCCAAAGGGUGCGUCGACAAGUGGUACUUUACCAGAGACAGAUGACGAGCGUCGCUUGCAAGCCCUUUUUGCACUGGUAUUAGGCAUAUCGCCUAGCAAUAUCAGAGCAGAUAGCGACUUCUUCCGCUUGGGCGGCGAUUCCGCGCUGGCGAUGAAACUCUUGGCUCUGGUUUCCCAGGAAGAGCGCUUUGAUCUUACAUAUAGCGACAUUUUCCAACAUCCCAGGCUAAGAGAUAUGCUCAACGCAUCUAGAUCGAGAUCGAGUUUCAUGAACAAUGAUGACGAAUCAGUUUCUACCGACUCCAGCCUUCCUCCGUUUUGUCUUGUCAAAGACGCCAACUCACUGAUCGACAUCGCGAGUGACCAGUGUGGUAUAAACAAAGAAAGCAUUGAAGACAUUUAUCCCUGCACCUCUACCCAGGCGAAUCUCAUGGCCUCAACUGUUCUAGAUGAAGAUCCGUGCUUGUCAAUUCGAUCAUUCAAGUUGGAAGGCAAUAUUGAUAAAGCUCGCCUCAAACAGGCAUGGAGCAUCGCGAGUAAAGGUCAUCCGAUACUUCGAACGCGCAUCAUACAGAGCAAUACUGGAGCCUUUUUCCAAGUGGUAAUCAAAGGAGAUAUCUGCUGGUCGGAUUAUACAUAUAGCGACGACUCAAAUUCCCAAUUCCGCCCAUCUUUUGGCUUAGGGAGCCCGUCAGUCCAGCUCUGUUUUAUGAAAGGGCGACUACUUGUUGCCAUGCACCAUGCACUUUAUGAUGCUUGGUCACUGCCACGGCUGCUAAAUGAAGUUGAUGGGGCCUAUUGUCAGCUCUCAGUCCAGCGGCUGCUUCCGCUGAAUUGCUAUGUAAAGCAUGUCGCAGAAUCGUUGGACUCUGCAGCUUCAUUUUGGAAAGCAGAGCUAGAGGAUGCUGAUCCUACGCAUUUUCCCGUGCUACCCUCGGGCAAAACUGACCGGGAAACAAUCCCAACAACGACGAAGUCGAUCAGUACUACCAUGCCCAUCGAUUCAGAACGCAAGAGCAACGUGGAAUUCGAGCUACAGUUAGCAUGGGCUAUAACUUGCUAUAGCUACACCAAGAAUGAAGACGUAAUAUUCGGAGUUACUUCCUCUGGGAGAAAUAUCGCCCUCGAUGGCGUGGACAAGAUGCUCGGGCCUAUCUUUGCCAUCACUCCACUUCGAGUGCCCAUCGAUCCAGAUCAGGAGGUGACAGAAGCCAUAGGAGAUCUGCAGUACCGCUCAGAGGAACAGGCACCGUACACUCACCUUGGUUUGCACCGAAUCAGUCAACUCGGACAAGAGGCCGCAGCAGCUUGCCAGUUCCAGACAUUGCUCGUCGUUGAGCCCAGUGAGACAGAGAUAAAAGGGACAUGGUUUUGUGAACACGAGGUUAUCUACGAUUCUAUAGAGCCUAGGAAUCAUUCAUUGACGUUGAAGUGCCUAGUCAACCCCGGUUUCGUGGACAUCACGGCAAUUUUUCACCAGGCGAUCUUGCCUGACACCCAGAAGCAAGACAUGUUGCUGCGGUUCCAACACAUAUUCGGGCAAAUCCAUACUUCUGGCACUCCGGACUCUACCAUAUUGGAUAUUGAUACGUCAAGCCCGCAAGAUUUGAGUGGUCUUCAACAUUCAAGUCUGUUUGUGAAAAACGUUGGCAGGGACUACACAACGACCAAUAAGCUACAUAACAGAGAUAUUUUCUUGUACAACUCAACGCUCAAGAGCCAGAUACAUCACAGCGUACACAUGGUUGAUAAUGCUCUGGAAGAAGCGGCUCAAGCUCAAAAGUCGCCGGUUCCGACCGGCAAAAGAUCUGAAAGCCAGCAGUUCGCUCAAGCAUCAGAAGCAGUAAACCUCGUGGCUGAGAUAGAUCGAUACGACCUUGUCAUAACAAGUGUGCAGCAGGAAGAAAUUUCAGACUCUAAAAGAAGCCCACAAGCUAAAAACAUGUCUUUCAACCUGGAAGCUGGCAAACCAAUUACGGUAUUUCUAACUGGCGCCAGCGGUUUUAUCGGAACGGAGGUGCUUCGCCAACUUCUUGAGAAUCAUAGCAUUCGCCGUGUCAUUGCCCUGGUGCGCGGUCGCUCAACGCAGGAAGUUAGAAGCCGCACAAUCGAUUCAGCAAAGAAGGCACUAUGGUGGACCGAUGGCCAUGGCGAAAAGCUUGAUGUGUGGCCUGGUGACCUGUCACUGCCACACUUGGGGCUGGAUGCUGAGCACUGGAGCAUGCUUGAAGACGGCAUGACAGUUGAUGCAGUUAUUCAUAACGGAGCUUCGGUGCACUGGUUGAAGAAUUACACGGCUUUGGAAGCAACCAACGUCCGGUCGACGGCAGAACUGCUGCGUAUUGCAGUAAAGACGCCUCACGUGAGAUUUACAUAUGUCUCAAGCGGCAGAUACCAGGACCCCAUUGAGGAAGUCGAGAAACAGGUCGCGAUGCAGUUUGCUGCAGGUGGCAUCCCCUACAGUCAGACCAAGUUUGUCGCCGAAUCUCUGGUCCGGCGCGCGGCCGCACGGAUUCCAUCUGAACACUCGAAUCUCGCAGUAGCUAGCCUGGGGCUUGUGAUUGGCACACCCACCGAGGGCGUUGUGAACUCGGAUGACUAUAUCUGGCGACUGGUUGCGGCGUGUAUCAAAGCAGGUGUGUGCAAUGCCGAUGAGCUGGAUAAGUGGUUUCCGGUCUCCGAUGUGGCACGUACAGCGAGUACCAUAAUUGAUACGGUGUUGGAGCCUGUGACAACGUCUGCUCCUGUGAAACAGGUCACUGGUGGAAUUACGUGGCGAGAGAUUUGGAAUAUUGUCAUGGAAAUGGGCUAUACUGUCGAAAGCAGGCCUGCCGUGGAUUGGUUGAGAACUAUUCGUCAGGAUAUCGAAGUUGAGCAAGAGAAACACCCUCUUUGGACGCUGGCACACAUGAUUGAAGGGAGCAUCGACAACACAGAACCGACGUGGGCAACUAGCUGGCACGGAAACGAAGCUGCAUCCGCGAGAUUAAAGGGGGCUGUAAAAGGCAGCAUUGCGUUUCUGGGCGAGAUUGGUUUCAUCCCGAAGUCUGGUCUCGAGGUCCAAGAGCAAGUACAGAAAAUACAAAUAGCUGCUAGUCGCGCACACUCGGUUAGCAAGAAGACGCAUUAG